UUGUGAGAGAAAAAGAUGUAUGUGACGAGGCCUCGAUCUUUGUACAAAAGGGAUCCCGAAGCUCUUUUGCAUCCAGCACCAGAGGGACCAUAUUCAGGCUACCUUGUACUCCAAGAUGAUGAAGAAGAAGAAGAUGAGACUCACACAUGUCUCCGUAACUUCCCAUUUCCACAGAACAGGAAAUUAUCAGUUCUGUAUCCAGAGAGCAGUAGAAAUGGUGCCACAGUUUAUAAAGAUGGAGUCAUGUUCAUUCCUGCUCUUAAUCAGCCUUUGUCUUCUAAUCACUACUAUGUCAUUCAUGGGAAAGGGACGCAUCAAGGAGAAGCUAGCACAAGUUCAAAUGACAAAGACAUGGGAACAUGUUUCUGCUGCAAUUACAUCAAAGACGUUAAACCAAGACCUCUAAAUCCCUCUGAUGAAUAUCAACGGUUUGAGAUAGUAAAAAAGCGUUGGGGGUUCCAAGCCAACUCUGUUGCCCCAAAUGGGUUUCCUCCUCUCUUCUUGAGGAGAAGUUGGACUCUCUCCACCAAAACACCCCAACAUUACCAUCUGAGUGAAGCUCUUGGCAUUGAUCACUCUUUGAGACACCAUUUGCCUCCCUUCACUCUCCCAUCAUCACAAUCAGAUCACUCUGAAGCAAUGGUCAUCGGGAAAUGGUACUGCCCUUUCAUGUUUGUGAAAGAAGAAGGAAUGAGUCUAAAGAAACAGAUGAAGAAGUCAGUUUUCUAUGAAAUGACAUUUGAAAGAAGAUGGGACAAAGUUUUCUCUAAGGAAAACAGUGAGAAAAGUAAUGAAGUGUUGGUGGAUACUGUGGUGAAAACUCAAGUUGCAGAAAUGGAUGGUGGCAGAGAAGCUGUUUGGGAAAAAGGAAGAAUUGGUGAUGAGAGGGUAACUUGGUUUAAGAGUUUGGAAGGAGGAGAGAGAAGGGUAGCGUUAAGCAAGGCCAUUGUGGAGAGAAUGAGAUGGGAGGGAGGGAGAUCUGAUUGGGUGGGAAGGAAUAACAAAGAAAUGAGAGUUAAAAGAGUGGAAAAAAUUAAGGGAAUGAAGAAAGGAAAGUGGAGGAAUUUUGGAUUAUAUGUGUUGGUGGAAAGUUUUAUGUUGAAAAGAAUGGAUGAAAGUUUUGUGUUAACACAUGAUUUUAGAUACUCUAAUCAUGUUAAGUGCACUUGGGAGUAAACUCGAUCAUCUUUGUUAUCCAGUAAUUAAGGGGGGAAAAAAACACAUCGCAUUGUGUAUUUAUAAAGUUCAUCCUUAUCUUUCACAUGUACUUUAAUCUCUCACCAUAUAAUACUACACUACUAGAU